ACUCCUCCAGAGUGGGGAACAGCUAGUGGUGACACAGAGAACCAAUGUCCUACCCUUGUGGAAGACAAGCGUGGGGCGAUGUUCGGAGUGUUUUCCUGCUGGGGGUUAUUAAACUGCUGGGUAUUUGGGGUGAACUUUAAACGGUGCAGCCGAGGUUGGAGCUGGCGCUGCAAAGUCGUGCCUCCGGGGAUUGUUGCCCCGCCGCCGCUCUCCGUGUAGCAUGGUUCGGAAACCGAACGUUUCGCGGGUCGGCGUUGCCAUGGCGAUGCAUUGUCUGGGGACCCGGGCCCUGAGCUGGGCGGCUGCCCGCGCUCCCCGGCUGGUGCUGGGCAUCGAGACCAGCUGCGAUGACACCGCCGCCGCAGUGGUGUGUGAGGCAGGGACAGUCUUAGGAGAGGCCCUGCACUCUCAGAAAGAAACUCACCUCAAGGCAGGUGGAAUAAUUCCACCAGUGGCGCAGAGACUACAUAGAGAGCACCUGGACAGAGUGGUGCAGGAAGCUAUGGACAACAGUGGAGUACCCCUUAAUGAAGUGACAGCAAUAGCGACAACUAUAAAGCCAGGACUUGCACUAAGUCUACAAGUGGGCCUAGAGUACAGUUUAAAACUAAUAGAACGAUGUAAGAAACCCUUCAUUCCUGUUCACCAUAUGGAGGCCCAUGCGCUGACCAUUCGAAUGCUGCAGUCGGUAGAAUUCCCCUUCCUGGUCCUAUUGAUUUCCGGUGGUCACAGUCUGCUUGCCGUCGCUCGUGGAGUCGAUGACUUUCUUCUUCUUGGACAGACAUUGGAUGAAGCCCCAGGAGACACACUGGACAAGAUUGCAAGAAGACUAUCGCUGAAGAAUCACCCAGCAUGCUGUACAAUGAGUGGGGGUGAAGCUAUUGAAUAUUUGGCCAGAACGGGGAAUCGAUUGCAUGUUGAGAUAAGAGAACCUAUGAGCCACCAUAUAGACUGUGAUUUCUCCUUUUCUGGUCUUCGCAAUCAGGUCAAUCUAAUAAUUACCAAAAAGGAAAAGGAAGAAGCAGGUAUCCAGGAUGGCCAGUUGCUGUCGUGUGUGAAUGACAUUGCUGCUGCUGUGCAGCAUACAGUGGCAGUUCACUUAGCAAAGCGAACACAUCGAGCCAUUCUCUUCUGCAAGAAGGAAGAUUUUUUGCCCCAAUCAAACCCAGCCUUGGUGGUUUCAGGUGGAGUGGCCAGCAAUGAAUACAUCAUAAAAGUCUUGCAGAUAGUAACUGAAGCAAAUGGGUUGUCACUGAACUGUCCUCCUCCUAAGCUCUGCACAGACAACGGCAUAAUGAUUGCAUGAUUUGGUGCUUGGUCAUCAAGUGUUUCAUUUCCAACAAUCCAGAUGUGGAGGAAGUUAAUCUGGAUAAAUUUGACCUUUUCUGCUGGACCCCGGACCAAUUUUCAAACCAUUGAUCCAAAAUUUUUCUUUGUCACUAACUCCUUCACUAGAUCAAAGCACAACAGCAAUAAUUUCUCGAACCAUAUAAGAAGGUGUUGCAGGUCCAUUCACUACUUAUCAGAGGAACAGGACACUGAAUACCAAAAUAAAAAUUGGGCAUUUAGUUUUGUUUUUGAAAGCAAUGAGACCAUUUAAGAGGCUGAAUAUGUAGCUGCUGCAUAAGAGAGUCAUAAACAGAAGAAAUGCAGCAUGGAAACAAGCCCUUUGGUUCACCAAAUCCAAACUGACUGACCAUCAACCACUGAUUAACACAAAUCAUAAAAUAAUCGAAUCCAACUUUAUUCUAUCCAUGUUGUCCAACGCUUAAAAUGUGGAUUGCAAGCAUGUUGGACAUCACGCAUCUUGAGGAAAUGCGAUUCCUCCUAAUGGAUAAAUCAGACCAAUUCAUAACGAGUUGGUCUCCAUUUGGAAUCAUAUGGUGCAACACAAUUGUAAAAGCUAACUGUUUCAGGACUGGACGAGGGAUGGUCAAGAUUAUAAACAAUGAUCUCCGUUUUUUUUUCCUUCUUUAUGUCUUAUUCUCUUUUCUAUUUUCUUUUCCUCAACUUUCUUUACUCAUUCGUCUUUUUUCUUUUUCUUCACACACUAUAUAUCUCACGUCUUUCUAUCCUUUACUAUCUAAUUUAUUUUUCUUAUUCUCAUCUUUCAUUAUUAUAACACAAAAAAUAAGAAGCUGUACAUAAAAUGUAUUAUGAAAAUAUAUAUUAGGCACUUUGGUGCCAUAUGAUUGUACUUCUAAUAAAAUAAAAUAUUUUUUAAAAAA